GUUUCUUUUCUCAUCUCCUCCCCCCAACAGCAGCGGCAAGAAGCCCUUCCUCCACCCCACGAGCCACUCGUCCCAUCUCAUACCAAAAGCCUUCUCUCUAUCUCACAUAUUUAUUAAUAUAUAUAUAUAUCGAGAUACGGGCUGGGCGAUGCCAAAGUUUGCACCUUUUUUCCGAUUUCUGCUCUAAUGAUUCCCGAUACGGGCGACGAGGCCGCGGCGGCGACCGACGGACGCGCCGGAGGCGCAAAGAGGAGGAGGAGAAAGCGGAAGGGGCGGAGGAGGAAGAAGGUGACGCAGGAGGAGAUCCUGGCAUCGAGGUUCGUGAGGGAGUGGGCGUUUCCUGAGGCCGUUCCCGAAGACGAGGAGGUGGCGUUGGACAUGAAGGGGUCGGGGAGGGUGGUAUUUGAAUUCCAUUCGCAUUCGAAUUGCAGCGACGGGUUCUUGUCGCCCGGGGAGGUGGUGGAGAGGGCGCACAGGAAUAGGGUGAAAGUACUUGCGUUGACAGACCAUGACACCAUGGCUGGCAUAGCAGAGGCCACAGAAGCUGCCCGCAAGUUCAACAUCAGGAUCAUUCCAGGUGUUGAAAUAAGUGCAGUAUAUUCUCCAAGGGAAAAAUCUGAAGCUGAGGAACCUGUUCAUAUCCUUGCAUACUAUGGUAGCUGUGGGCCUGCACAGUUUGAAGAACUGGAGGAUUUACUAGCCACUAUUAGAGAUGGCCGAUACCUCCGUGCAAAAGAGAUGUUGCUGAAGCUAAGCAAACUCAAUAUGCCUCUUAAAUGGGAGCAUGUUGCUAAAAUAGCAGGGAAUGGAGUGGCACCAGGAAGGUUGCAUGUUGCUCGAGCCAUGGUUGAAGCUGGUUAUGUGGAGAAUUUGAAGCAAGCAUUUAGCAGAUAUUUAUAUGAUGGAGGACCUGCCUAUGCCACGGGCCUUGAGCCAUUUGCAGAGGCUGUGGUCCAGCUGAUUUGUCGUACUGGGGGCGUGGCAGCUUUGGCUCAUCCAUGGGCAUUGAAGAAUCCAGAUGCUGUUAUCAGAAGUUUGAAAGCAGCUGGCCUUCAUGCUAUGGAGGUAUAUAGAAGUGAUGGGAAGUUGGCUGGACUCAGUGAUCUAGCUGAUACUUACAAGCUUGUGAAGCUUGGAGGAUCAGAUUACCAUGGAAGAAGUGGGCAAGUUGAAUCCGAUCUAGGGAGUGUUGAUCUUCCAGUGCUUGCUGUUUAUGAGUUCUUGAAGGUAGCCCGGCCCAUCUGGUGUAGUGCUAUAAAAGAAAUCCUUUCAGCAUUUGCUGAAGAACCCUCUGCUGUCAAUAAAGAGAAGAUAGUUAGAUUUGGAAUUUUGAGCAACCUUAAGGGGUGUUCGACUAUGAGCUCUGGCAAAGAUGUUUUUGAUCUAUGUCUAUCUUCAUGGUUAACAAGUGAGGAAAGGGAGGCUGCUGAAUUUGAAGCCAUCAGGGUGAGACUUUCACAAACUGUUAUUAGUGGUAGGGAGUUUCAAAUGACUGUAGUCAGUGGAUGAUUUCUGGGUAUUUUUUCUCCCCAGUGAUCCGGUCAAAUCUGGUUGAGCAUUUUUCUAAUAGCUGGAUGAUACCUAUUUUAUACAAUCAAAGAUGUAAGUUCUUGGAACUGAAAGUUCUGUUUUUUCUUGUAUUCUGGAGAAAAUAGAGAACGCAGAAGCUGGUUGUGAUUGGACAUAACAUACAGUUGUUUUAAUGCACAAAUUAUGAACGGGAUUCAAGUUCAUUC